AGACUUGGAACAAAAGAAAAUGAGUAUAUAAUUACUCAAACUACCCUCAUAGUCAAAAAAACAAAAUUACCCUUCCUGGUUCGAGACACAGAGACAAAGACUGAGAGAAGAAUUAAAUUUAGCACCGCCAUUAAAAACCUUCAAAAAAUACACAGAAAGACGAAACGCGUACCAGAUCUGGAGUGAUAGUGACAAACUACAUUUUGAUUUUUCAAUCUUGGAGAUUUAGUCAAAGUUAAUUAAGUAGUUCUAGGGAAUUUCUGCCGAGGAAUCUCAAUUUUCUGUUUGUUUGCUGCAUUUUGAUUCUGCUGUUAUCAACUGCUGGAUCGGAUUUAUAAUCGGUUUCUUUGAGUUCAGUGACUCACAUUAUUUGUUUUGAUUUAGCGAUUUCAUAAUCGAUUGUAGUUUUUGAGUAUAGUCUAGUGUAAAAAACAGUUGAUUGAUUUUCCGAGUUUUGUAAUUUAACAAGUUAUAGAUCUGAAAUCGAGUAUGUUUUGAUUAAAAUUGUGUAAGUGUAGAGAAUUGAAUUCUAUGGCAAUGCCAUCAGGAGUAAAUAUGUUGAUGUCAGACAAAAUAACGCAGUUUCCUCCUAAUAACAAUGGAGGUGGAGAGAUCCAUCAUUAUCCUUCUCCUCCUCCUCUGAGACAAUGGAUUCCAGAUGAACGUGAUGGAUUUAUUUCAUGGUUAAGAGGAGAAUUUGCUGCAUCUAAUGCCAUAAUUGAUGUGUUACUUGAUCAUUUGAAAUCAAUUGGGGGAGGAGAACCUGGAGAGUAUAAUUCUGUGUUUGGUUGUAUUAAUCAAAGGCGGUCUAAUUGGAAUCAUGUUCUUUGUAUGCAACAGUACUUUCCGAUUACUGAUAUUAUGUUUGCAGUACAACAAGUGACAAUGAGGAAGCAACACAGAAAUUUUGGUGGAGGUCAGAUGAAAGUUUCUGACAAGAAAUUGCAUCCACAGAAUGUUAGUUUCAGACAGGCUCAGUAUAAUGUUAAGGAAGAUCAGAUUUUGAAUUUGGAAUCUCGUAGUAGUAGUAGUCAUCGAAAUGAGGCUCAAUUUGUAAAUAACGGUUCAGCUGAUGGGAAAGAAGAUUUGAAAACAAAAAAGAUCGAUAAUGUUGAAAGUUUAGAAGAAGGUAAAAAUGAUGGUCUUCAGGAGGCAAAGGAAGGAACCAAGAGUGAUGCUUCAAAGCCCGAGGCAGAGGUUGAUGGAGGUAUUUCAGUUUCAACAGAUAAGAUACAAAAACAUGAUGAGAAACAUAAUGUGAUUCCCGUUUUCAGUAGAUGUGUGGCCACCGAGGUCUUCGAUGGAAAGGAGGUGAAUGUUGUUGAAGGACUUAAAUUGUACGAAGAACUAUUUAACAGUUCAGAAAUCACAAAGGUUACUUCAUUGACAAAUGAGUUGAGACUAGCAGGACGAAGAGGGCAUUUCCAAGCAGGACAGACAUAUGUUGUCUCCAAAAGACCCAUAAAGGGGCAUGGAAGAGAAAUGAUUCAGUUGGGCCUCCCAGUGGCCGAUUCACCUCUGGAAGAUGAAAUUGCUGCUGGAAAUUCCAAAGAUAGAAGGACAGAACCAAUUCCUGACGUUCUACAAGACGUUAUUGAGCGUUUGGUUCAGGCGCAAGUUAUAAACAUGAAACCAGAUUCUUGCAUCAUUGACUACUUCAAUGAGGGAGAUCACUCACAACCUCAUAUGUGUCCACCUUGGUUUGGAAGGCCUGUUUGCAUUUUGUUUUUGACUGAAUGUGAUGUGACCUUUGGAAGAGUAAUUGCUACAGAGCAUCCCGGAGAUUACAGAGGUUCUCUCAAACUUUCUCUUGCUUCUGGAACGCUGCUCUCUCUAGAAGGUAAAAGCGCGGAUUUUGCUAAACAUGCACUACCUUCCAUCCGCAAACAACGCAUACUUAUUACCUUCACUAAGUUUCAGCCAAAGAAAAAUAUGGUCAUUCCCUCCUCUAUACGACCAUCAGCCUCGGCCUUACCAUGGGGCCCACCAACUCUGAGGCCACCAAAUCAGUUCCGUCCUAAACAUUUUAUACCUAUUUCAGCAACCGGAGUAUUACCGGUCCCAUCCAUCCAUCCACCACACCUCACACCUCUCAACAGCAUUCAACCAGUUUUUGUUGCAGCCCCGGUGGCGCCUCCAGUACCUUAUCCUGCACCAGUUCUCGUCCCUCCACCUGCAUCAGCAGGAUGGACUGCUGUUGUUCCAGCUAGAUAUCCUCCUCCACCUAGAUUCCCACUUCCUGGAACUGGUGUUUUCCUCCCCCCUGGAUCUUCUGGAAACUCUCCACCAACACCACCCCACCAACUUGGAUUACCUAUUGCCUCUGAAGCGAAUUCCGCAGUAGAUACUGACACUUCCUUGAGUAAUGAAAACAAUGUCGAAGGGUUGAAUUGUACUGAUGCCAAAGUUGCUUCUCCCAAGAGUAGAGUGGACGCGGAAGUGAAAAGGCAGGUGAGUAAUGGAGGCGUCACAGGCAUUGGAAAUGGAAGCAGAACUGUUAUAGUCUAGGACUCUAGGCAUAGGCAGCCUCAAAAUGUUGGGGCCCAAAAUUUUCAAUUUUUCUUAAAUGUAUCCCAAAUUUUUUAAGUUUAAAUUUUUCUUAAAUAUAUCCCAAAAAGAAAAUGAUUUUUACAAAUGAAGCA